AUAAGAAGGUGGGGCUGGUCAUAUCUCAAGAUGGAGUACACCCCUGGAUAUCCAGUUAACAAGAGAUUGUCUGGAAAAUACAAUGGCACCUUUGCUGCCGUUACUCUUAAAGAGAGACUGCCUAAAGUUUUAACUCAGAUUAUCGAUUGUCUUCAUAGCUACAAUACUACUCUUGUAGAAAAGCAUGGAAAGGAAGGAACAGAAGCGCUUAAGGCAUCUAUAGCUAUACUUUCUGAGCUGAAAUAUCGUAUGCAGACUAAUAAAGAAAUGCAGCAUAUCAGUACUGGGCCUGAUAUCAAGGAGUGGAAUGGUGUGUUUGAGGAUUAUAAAAGCAAAUUAGGACACGAGCCACACUGGUUUGAGGUAUCUUGGUUGUUCUUUGAAUGUUACAUGUAUCGCAAAGUGAUUGAGAUCAUACGCACUGAGUCAUUGUUGUCUCAAUAUGAUCCUUUUAAAGACCAAAAGGAAGAAUCGCUGACAAAAUCAAUGAGCCAAAUGGAAAAUGUAGCUAUUCAAUUGAUGAAACAAGGCUCAAAAGUUGAUCAAGAAAUUUUUAACAAGUAUUUAAUGCUAUCACUCUGGGGAAAUAAAGCUGAUUUGUCAAUGGCAGCCACAAUGGAUUCAUAUGAAAUGACACAUGAGCCUGAACAAGAGAGCUCUCUUCAAAAGUAUAUACUAGCAGAUGAUUCUGAGAGUGUGUGGAUUCUACUGACCAACGAACGAGAAGAAAACAGAGAAAUCGCAAUAGUACUUGACAAUUCAGGGUUUGAACUAUUCUCUGAUUUAAUGUUUGCUGAAUGGUUGCUUACCUCAGGCCUUGCUGAUCACAUAUCCCUUUACUGUAAGACGUACCCUUGGUUUAUAUCCGAUGCUACCAGGAGAGACAUUGAUUGGACAUUGGAACAGUUUACCUCCUCGAGCAUCAAAGUAUUAGCUGAUUUUGGUAACCAGUUGUCUAAGAGGCUAGCAGAAGGAAAGAUGAGUAUCAAGGAGCAUCAUUUCUGGACAACUUCAUACGAGUACUCAGCUAUGAAAACAGUGUCACCAGAUUUGUACUCAUCCCUCUCUACUGCCAAACUUGCAGUUUUUAAAGGAGACCUAAAUUACCGUAAACUUGUUGCUGAUCGUAAUUGGGUCUAUACUGAGAGGUUUGCCACUGCUCUCCAAUCUUUCAGGCCUACAAACGUGUUAGCACUACGAACACUAAAAGCUGAUCUUGUUGUAGGACUGCCGGAAGAUGCUGCCUCUAGAGCUGCAUCAUGUGAUCCUGAUUGGAUGAUAAAAGGAAUGUUUGGGGUCUUGCAACUGGCUGUAGCAAUCUGAACAUGUCAAAGAACUUGCAAUUAAUUUAAUUUUAUUUUUAGGCAUUAUGCUGCACAACUUUAGCAAUGUAUUAUGCACCUAAUAUGGUAUAACAAUAAUAAUUAUUAUGUAACAUCACAUGAUCACGAUAAA